UAAGGAACUGGAAUAAAUACACUUCCAUUAUGUCUAAUAAUUCCUCGAACAGUAACAAGCAGCAUUGGCGUAAGCGAGAAAUGGACUACGAGAGACUACAGGAGUGGCGUAAGAAACGACUCCAAGAACAACUUCAAAAGCAACAACAAACUGAGCAUCAAGAUCAAUCUAACGAUUUUCAUCCAAAUUCCUCAAAUUCCCACGUCGAAAUCAUGGAAAAGUUGAACUCAAUUGGGGAGCAAACUGAAAAUCUUCAAAAGGAACAAGAACAGCAGCACAAUGUUGUUCAGAAUAGGAUUUCGGAACUUCAGCGACAAUUGGUACGAAUUGAAAGAAAUACUGCAUCUGGAGAGGAAUCGAGAAUUUCCAUAUUUCCGCCAAUUGUAAUUAAGCAAGAGAAACUCGAGGAUGCUAAUACUACCAUCAUAACUCUGUAAAUAUAUGUCGAAGAACAACAAAAAAUAUUUUCAUAUUUCGUCAAAA